CUACACUACAAUGUGUAUACUUAGAGAUAUUUAUCUACAACAGUCAACGGCUGGACUUGUAUUAUUCGUGUAUAAACUGUUUUGAAUAUGAAUGAACAAAGUGCAUUUAUUAUUAAUGAAGAAAGUCACGAAAAAAUAGUGAAAGAAGAUGAAGAAGAAAAGCGUAAAGAGCAAGCAAGAAAAAAGACUAAUGCACGUCAAAGGGCAUAUUAUCAGCGUCAGAAAGAUUUGAAAAAAAAAGCAGGAAUAAUAAAAAAAACAGUACCAAAAUCAAAUGCUGAACGUCAAAGGAAAUUUCGUCAAAAAUUUCGUCAACAUAAUGCAGAAAAAUCUUACAUGGAUAUUGUUAGUGUCUCGUCAAAAAUGCCUGCACGGAGUACGUUACGCCGUCAGGCAAGAAAAAUAAUUUUUAAUGUGGCGAAUUAUAUGCAAAAGGAGAAAGACGAAGGGGUGCACAAUGUAGCACAGGUGCAGCGCCGCACUGCCGAGGCUACGGGGGUGUCUAUACGCACCGUCUCCAACAUUCUGAGGGAAGCCAAAAAAGGCGACCCCAAUUCUGACUUCCGCACUCCAGGGAAGAACAGGAACAAGCCAAGCCCUAUUACCGGCAUUGAUGACUUCGACAAAGGCGUCAUUAAACGUUGCAUAUACACUUUCCAUGUCAAGGAAAAAGCUAUGCCGUCUAUAUCCCGGUUACUCACGAAACUGCAAACCGAAAUAAACUUUAAAGGCUCUGCGAGUAGCCUCAGCCGAAUUAUUAAAGAAUUAGGUUUUAAAAAGCGAAAAACCGAAAACAAUAAAAUGGUGUUUGUAGAGAGAACUGAUAUUAGACUAAAGAGAAUCGAAUAUCUUAAGCAAAUAAAGAAAUACAGGGAUGAAGGAAAGAAAAUUGUGUAUACAGCUGAAACAUCGGUUUGUCUGUCACAUCCAAAAGGCGUGGAGAAAUCUGAUGAUGUAGAUAAAAGUUUGAAAGGACAAAAAAUUGUUGCUAUCCAUGCAGGUUCGGAAGAUGGCUUUGUGGCGAAUGGCCUGUUAAUGUUUGUUAAAGCAGGGACAAAGUCUGACAAAGAUAACAUGAACUUCACCAAGUAUGAAACUUGGCUACGAACACAACUUAUACCUAAUUUACCUCCCAAUUCAGUUGUUGUUAUAGACAACGCACCCUAUCAUAACAAGCUGAGAGAUCCAGCUCCAGCCUCCUAUUCUCGGAAAGAGGAUAUGGAAGCCUGGCUAACGGAAAAAGGCAUUCCAUAUGAGGAUAAUAUGCUGAAGCCUGAGCUUUACCAAUUGAUCUGCCAGAAUAAAAGCACCCGUAAGGAAUUCAUGAUAGACCAUAUACUAGCAGAACAUAAUCAUGUUGUUCUGCGUUCACCACCUCAUCACCCAGAUUUAAGCCCUAUAGAGAUGGCUUGGGCCGCUGUCAAAGGUUACGUUACCUCUCGGAAUGUCAACUUUGAUGCUGACCAGGCAAUGCAAUUGAUUGAGGAAAAAGUCAGUUCAAUGGGGCAAGAGGUCUGGAUGACCAUGUGCAAUCAAGUGAAGGAAAUUGAGGGUGAAUACUUAGCCAGUGACCAUGUAGUGGACAAUAUGACGGAAAGUCUGAUUAUUGAUACCGAUGACAGUUCUGAAUCAGAAUAUGAGUCUGAAGACGAUGAUGAAGUGAUUUCAGACUAUAAUGAAAUGGAAGAUCCACUUGGGUUGUGCGAGGUUAAAGUACCUGUAUCAAAAGAUAUUGAUAGUACUUCUAAAGUUAUUCAACCACCUGUAUUUCAAAUAAAUAAUAUUAAAAAGGAAAAGGUUGAUAUCCCACCCGCAUGCUCUAGUCGCUUGCGCAUGUUACUGGCUCCAGCUACUUGCACCGGGUAUAACCCUAAAGUAAAUUUUAUAUCUCAGGAAACAUCAAAUUUGUCCAGAAGUGCAGAAGAAACUACCUCAGAGAAUGUUUAUGAUGGUCUAUUAGAAGUUAAACAGGAAUUUGAUGUGGAAACAUCAAGCUUGUCCAGAAGUGUAGAUGGAACUGCCUCAGAAAAUAUUUAUGAUGAACUAUUAGAAGUUAAACAAGAAUUUAAUAUGGAUAUAAAAGAAGAGCCUUGUUUCGAGGUUCCGAUCACAAAUGAUUUCACUGCUGAAGCUUGGCCACGUUAUAAUAUUCACACACACGAAGUUCAGAAUGACCCACUAGCAGAUCAUCCCGUGCCAAGUUCCAGUGUGCCAGUUGUUCCCUCAUCUCAUCUGGUCCCCCAGCCUGAGGAUGGACAGCCACCAACAAAACGUUUGAAAAAAGGUCCAAAUUACGUGGUAAUUCUGAGAGGAUCAAGAGGUUUUCCGAUUGCCCCAGCAACGAAGUAAACACUGGUUCUAAAUGGACUAUAAACUGGUUAUAAUUGAUGGAAUACUAUAAUUUUCUUUGUGGUAAUGGACUGAAAAUAAUCACAAUAUUAUUAUCAAAUCGCGGUUCACGUGUGUUUGAGGCGAGGAAAAGAAAAAGAACUUUGUGUACAUUGUCACCCAUAGUCGACUUUGUGAAUUUUGAGCAAAUACUCUAGUGGGCAGAAUAUGGAUGUUUCUCACGACGGGAAUUGCUGUGACUCGGGGCGGGAAGGAGUGGUCUUGGUGUCUCUCGACAUCACCAACGCCUUCAACACUCUUCCCUGGAGUUACAUUAGGGAGGCACUCCGGUACCAUCUGUGACAGAUGUCUGUGAGCGGUGAUCCGGUGACUGAUCGUCCUUCCGUCUCCUAGGAGACAACGGGCCCGUGUUCUUCUACGUGCUCCUCAAGGAGAGUCAGUAAACCCCAGUGGGGCCCGCCAGUGCCAAGGCCUGCCGGGGCUGUGGGAUUGUUCGAAAGAGUUACCGCGGCCCUGGUACAUAACGGGCUUAAGAAGGAACAUGGUGGGUUUGAGUCAGGGAGGGUUUGACACUCCCUCACGCUGUACGCACAGCGGGAGGGGAAAUCAUUUGAUAUUUGACGAUUUUCCAUAAAAAUAUAGUACGAAACUAGGCGAGAAAAUACAAGAAAACAUUUUUAUUAAGGAAUGCUGAAUAUGUAAGUAAAAUCUCAAUGGUCAAAUUAGUGUUGUGCAAGCCAGUUUUUUAUGUUAGAUAGUAUAGUUAUCGGCACGGAUAAUGAGCUCUCGGCGGAAGAGUGAGGAUCGCUUUGCGCACUGUACACUUAUGGCAAUAAACCAAUUAAUCACAUCUGUGCAGGUGAAGGUCAGGGCUCAAUAUCCUUGCCGAUGAUUAUAGUAUUGUUUCUUUUUUAUGUAAAAUAGUUUUAAUGUAUUUUAGUUGAAAUUAUCCUUGUUUUAAUUUAAAAUUGUAAUAUUUAUAAUUAUAUUAUUAAGUAAGUUAAAAACAGUAUGUACAAUUUUCAUUUUGUAAAAUUUUAUAAUAUUUUUAAGUGCUUAUUUGUAUGUCACUGUGCAUUGCAGCUAGUUAUAAGCAAACCCCAAUGUUUAUAAUUGUAAAUGUAAUUACGGAAAACUAUUACAAACAUAUAUCACUAAUUUAAACAAAUUCAAAUAAAAUUAAAUGAGGAUGACAAAGAAAA